AUGCCUCUAGUCAUCUUCUGGCAGCUCAUCAGCAUUUGUGGAGCGUUCACUCUGGGCUACGAGACACUCGGCGAGACAAAUAAGUGCACGAUGUUUGCUCGGGUGACUGUACAAGAGGGCCGGGCUGUUUGUCUGCAGAUUACCUCGUACAUUUACGCGGCGACCUCCGAACCGGCGCAGAUCCGCGGCCUUUGGGGAAGCAGCGUGGCCCUGGCCCAGAGCGUCCUGGCCGAGCUUCCGGAUCAACUGGCCUCAUUCUUCAAUUCCUACAAGCUAAAACCCCCGAACGCCGUCAACGUGCCCGAGUCCUUCAAGUAA